GCUUCGUGAUUUUUCUACUUAUUGCCCUUUAUGUUUAUGCCUACUUAAUUAAACCAGUUUUAAGCCACAUAAUUCCAAACAAAAAGAAAAGCAAAAAAGAACAAGACGAUGACAACGAGAACGAAACACCACGCCAAUCACUAAACCAACCACCAAUAAUCGUAAUCCCUCCUCAACAACCACUCCCAACGCCCAACUAUUAUCAACCUCCGCCCAUUUCCCCAGUUUUGAAUAUAGAUAAAUCAGAGCAAAACAUGAGAACAACCAUAAGCGAAACGCCUCUCCCAAAACCAGAGCCAUUAAUAGAAAAAAAACACGAAUUAAACGAGAAGGACCACGAGCCCAACCCAAAGAAAAAGAAAAGCAAAAAAAACCAAGCAAAAA